CCGGCCGCCCAGCAGGUGCUGGGAAGCAGUAGAUGUAAUUUGAAGAAAAUUUGAAGGAACAAAUGGCUUUAGCUGGCUGCCCAGACUCCUUUUUACGUCUUCCUUAUCGGAUAGACAAUGUAGAUCAGACUUCGGCUCAUGGUCGGCGGGAUCUGGUGGAACCAGGUUUCCAAGAACCAUCUAACCGUAUCUCCCUGAACCACCAAGAUGACGAUGUGGACCUGGAAGCUUUGGUAAACGACAUGAAUUCCUCAUUUGAAAGUUUAUACUCUACAUGCAGUAUGCAGUCGGAAACCACUCCGCUCCUUCAGAAUGGCCAGCUGAACCGCAGCCAGCUGCCAUCCUCGGGGUCCGGCACCCUGCAGCCCAUGUCCCCAAGGCAGAAGGUGCAGCGCUCCCAGCCAGUGCGCAUCAUGGCAGUCAGGCGUCUUCAAGAGGAAGAACAGCAAUUCCGAACGUCAUCUUUGCCGGCCAUCCCAAAUCCCUUCCCAGAACUUUGUAGUCCCGCAAGCUCUCCAGUGCUGGCCCCUGGAUCUUUACCUCAGAGUCAACCUGCUAGUAAGCAUGAUGUAAAAGUCUUUAGUGAAGAUGGAACAAGCAAAGUGGUCGAGAUUCUAGCAGACAUGACAGCCAGGGACCUCUGUCAGCUGCUCGUUUACAAAAGUCAUUGUGUGGAUGAUAACAGCUGGACUCUAGUGGAGCAUCACCCUCACCUAGGAUUAGAGAGGUGCUUGGAAGAUCAUGAGCUCAUAGUUCAAGUUGAAUCCACAAUGGGAAGUGAAAGUAAAUUUUUGUUCAGGAAGAAUUACGCAAAAUACGAAUUUUUCAAAAAUCCCAUGAAUUUCUUUCCAGAACAAAUGGUUGCCUGGUGCCAGCAAACAAAUGGCAGUAUCCCACAGUCACAACUUUUGCAGAACUUUUUAAACUCCAGUAGCUGCCCUGAAAUUCAAGGUUUCUUGCAUGUGAAAGAUCUGGGUAGGAAAUCAUGGAAGAAACUGUUUAUGUGUUUGAGGAGAUCAGGACUUUAUUGUUCUACAAAAGGAACUUCAAAGGAGCCAAGACAUUUGCAAUUGUUGGCUGACCUGGAAGACAGCAAUAUCUUCUCGUUGAUAGCUGGCAAGAAGUUGUACAAUGCCCCUGCAGAGUAUGGAUUUUGUAUAAAGCCAAACAGAGUGAGAAAUGAAACUAAGGAACUGCGGUUGUUGUGUGCUGAAGACGAACAAAGCAGGAUGUGCUGGAUGACUGCCUUUCGACUCCUCAAGUAUGGAAUGCUACUGUAUCAGAAUUAUAGAAUUCCCCAGCAGCGAAAAGCCAUGCUUCCACACUUUUCCACUCCAGUAAGAAGUGUAUCUGAAAACUCACUAGUAGCAAUGGAUUUUUCGGGGCAAAUAGGAAGAGUUAUUGAAAAUCCUGCUGAAGCCCGGAGUGCUGCCUUGGAAGAAGGACAUGCUUGGAGGGUAGCUAUCUUCUCUUCUUUUCUAUUUUUGCAAUCAAAACGUAGCACAAGAAUGAACAUCUUGGGUAGCCAAAGUCCACUCCAUCCCUCCACACUGAGUACAGUUAUUCAUAGGACACAGCACUGGUUUCAUGGCAGAAUCUCUAGAGAAGAAUCUCACAGGAUUAUUAAGCAACAAGGGCUUGUAGAUGGAUUAUUUCUUCUCCGGGACAGCCAAAGCAAUCCAAAGGCGUUUGUACUUACAUUAUGCCAUCAUCAAAAAAUAAAGCAUUUUCAAAUCUUGCCGUGUGAAGAUGAUGGGCAGGUAUUUUUCAGUCUGGAUGAUGGGAACACCAAAUUCAGUGAUUUAAUCCAGCUUGUUGAAUUCUAUCAACUAAACAAAGGAGUCUUGCCCUGCAAACUCAAACACCACUGCAUCCGAGUGGCCUUAUGACCUCAAAUCUGACCCUCACUGAAGACUGGAUUUGAUAGAAGAGUAAUUGUAAGAGAACGUUGACACUGGGGAAUUAGCAGAUUUGUAAGUUGGUUAAAAAAAAAAAAUAUUAUGCACCUUGGGACUCUGAAAGGGAUGGAUUCGACAGGUGCCAACAGACCAAGAUUGCUGGUUUGUCUAACACCUAAGAGUGAUUGCUGCUGAGUGUCCCAGCAUCCCAAAAAUGGGGGGAGGGUCUGUAAAACAAUGAGUAAAUCUGAAACAAAACUGGAAACUAUCUUGGCUGGACCACUUAACAGGAACAAGUGUGAAGAGAAAUCUCUGAAAAGAACUCUUGCCCUGGAAUAAUCUUGACAAUUAAGACUAGUGUGUUUACUUUUUGUAUUGAUCACUUUUUUUGCACUCCUACUUUGUUUCGGAUAUUGUAUGCAGCCUAUAUUAGGAGCUGAUGUGGCUUUUAAAAUUCAUGCAGGAGUUGGGUAUUAAUCCGCACCCUAAAAUGUAUGGAAUGCUUCAGCCUAAAAGGAUCUAGAAGAAAAUCUAGAAGUGUGUGUGUGUGUGUGUGUGUGUGCGUGUGUGUGUGUGUGUGUGCGUGUGCGCGCGCGCGUGCGCACAUAUGUCUCAGUACUUCUCUGGAGACCUGAGGUUCAGUAAUCUGCAGAUGUCUUUGAAGAAGCAAUGAGGAUACAAUUCUAAAAGAACAUACCACCAAUAGACGUACUCUUAAAACUGUUGACUUGUAGCAUUAUGGCUGUAGUAUGUUGAUGGCGUAUUAGUGGCAUCCAGUCAUGCAGAGACUGUAUUAGAUUCUAUGCACAAAUUUUUAUUAUUGGAGUGGUGGUUUGUUUUUUACAGCCUUUUGACUGUUUUCCUGAGGAAACUUACUGUUACUAAAUAGAGUAGGACUGAAUGACUACACUUGCAUUUGAAACCACCAUUUUUUGUGAGAAGAUUCUUCUGCAGGUAGUCUUAUUAUGACAAAAAAAAUUUAAAACAGUGUUUUUAGCUUUAUAGCUCCUUAAAUUUUCAGACUGUUUCAAAGAGCUCUUUCGAUAUAGUAAAGCUACAGUGACACAAUGCUCUCCUGGGGAUAGGGCAUAAGAAGAACUGAACCCCUUCUGCUUUUUGUAGGGCCAUGAAAGUUUACAUGGUGAAAGGAACAUGCUGGGAAUAGAAACAGAUUUGAUUGUGAAGUAGCUGCUGGAAAUAUCAUCAAUUGAGGUAACUGGUGAUCCCUGUGUCAUGUGUGCUACUGCACACCGGUACCUGUGGCAGACAAGCAUGUAUGUUGCUCUGGUGCUGGUUUAUCAUCAGAACUACUUUAUUGUUAAUGUUUAAAUGAAUUAUUUCAUGUUUACACAAUAACUCUUUCUGAUGAUAAAUCAGUAUUAAAGUCAGACAAGUCCCACCUUGAUCCUGCAGUUGCAACCAACCAUUCCUUCAGCAACUGAACUGAAGUAACUUCUCAGUGCUUGGUGCUGUUAGCCACAGUGAGAAGUAUUCCACCCUGGGAACUUGCAGAGUGUAGUGCAGAACAGAGCAUUUGUAAAAUGGUAAAUUAUUUACACAGGCUAGUUAAUCCUUAAUAUUUGCCACUGAGUUUGAAAUCCUAGCCAUCUGAAAGGGUAAAAAAGGAAAACCAAUCCUACUAGUCUUCAUGUAGUGUUAAGAAUAGCUUAAGACAAACCAUAACCUGCCUGAGUCGUCCAUAUCAGCUUAAACUAUGUCAAUGGUAUAGAAACACUGUAUUUUAGUUUACAGAACACAUUUAGUAUUUUUUUCCAUUUAAUGUCUAGAUACUAAAAAUGAAGAAACUUGAUUUUUAGUAGAAGCCUUUUUUGUUUCGUUGUUUUGCUUUUUUUAAUUGUACAUAGUGAAAUGAGUGUUCCUGCUUUUUUGACAAUGUAUUUUAAAACCUUGAAAUUAAGCUAACUUAAGUCUGACUUCACUUUGCAUGCUUCUAUUUGGCCCCUAUUAGGAGAAAAAAGAUACUUGUAUUGACUACAUUACCAGUUUAAUAAGACCAUUUAUGCUGUAGUUUUAAGUUUUUCUGUUUACAUAGCUUAGUGACAACCAUGCAUUUUUCCCAGUAGGUGGAUAGUAUUUGCAGUGUUUCAUAUUUAUAAAAAAAACCAACAACUUUGCAUCUUAUUUAAAUUGAGAAUAAAAGUUUGACUAUGAACCAUGAUUUUUGUAUGUAGAUGGUUGACUUAGUAUUUUGUACUCUUCCCAGCUAAAGUGAGCUGUUUUGAGAAAGUGACCACCUUCAAAGUGGCAACAAUCUUACUUAAGCAGAUCACUGCUUUGUCUUCUUUCUGCUGGAAAACAGUCAAUGCCACCUUAGUUUUCCAACAGAUUCAGCUGGCUGCCAGCUCAGAAUACCAAGGACUGAAGGACAUUUGACUCUUAUUUUUGUAUUUAAAUGACAUGAAUGUAAAGGGGAUGCUCAGGGUUGUUUUGGAGCCUGUUGAAUUUUUAUCUUUUUGCCUGUGAUUUUAUUUUCUAAAUAAAUAUUUCAUGUAGCAAUCUUGAAUAUGUUUAGAAGGAAAAUGCCAAACCAUUUUGGUAAUGAGGUAACUAGUUAAGUUAUGUUACGAUAGGUGUUAAAGUACAAAAAACUUUUUAUUUGUUAAUUAAUCUUGAAGAAACACGUGCCUCAGUUUAGAUGUUUUGUCUUAUCUUUUCUGCACUAAAUACCUGACAGUUUGACCAAUCAAUGCACCUUUCCAGUGGCAAGACUUGCUUAUCAUAAAUUAUAUUGUCACAAUGCAAGAUUUAGUGACUGUAAAAUGGAAUAAAGUUUAAAGUUUCAGGGAAUGCAAAAGGUAUUAACUUAAGAGACAAAACCUUUAUUCAAUAUGCUUUGCUUCAUACUGUAAAUAGCUUUUUGGCUUGUGAACCUAAUUGUAAUCUUUCAGGUAUUUUUGUACAAAUAAGGGACUGAUAUUCUGUUUCUUGUAAUUAGAAAUAAACGUUAAUACAAUGCUAUUC